AUGUUCCGCCAACUCCUUGUCCGCGGCUUUGCCGAAAGUGGCCUGCAAAGUCUUUGCAGGUGUCACAAGGACGUCAAGUUGAUAUGUCUCCAGCGCUUUGUCCGCAUGUUCGCGUACGGUGCGACGACCCUGCAUCUGGUCGCAUACCUCGAAGUCCUAGGCUUCUCGGCCACGCGAAUUGGUCUGUUCAUGGCAUUGACUCUUGUUGGCGAUACUUGCAUCAGCCUGGUUCUCACUUCUUGCGCCGAUGGGGUUGGUCGGAGACUCGUCUUGGCGUUGGGUGCAGCGCUCAUGGUCGCCAGCGGUGUCGCGUUUGGGUUGUGUGACAGCUUCUGGAUGUUAUUAGCUGCGGCGGUCUUUGGAGUCAUCAGCCCAGGAGGCAACGAAAUUGGUCCAUUCCGUGCAGUUGAGGAGAGUAUCGUAGCCCAUCUGACCACUGCCGAUGACAGAAGCGAUGUUAACUCCGGGUGGAGCAACGAAGCGGCGUAUCGAGCAGUCUUCUACGGGUAUUCGACGUUGGGUGUAUUCAAGCUCGCGCUAGUCCUGCUGCUCAGCCGCGACUCCGAGGCGGAGCCCGAAGCUCACGACGAAGAUGAGACAACGCCCAUCCUCGGCGCAGAGAGAGCUGAGUCACAGGUUGAGACCGCGGGCUGGAGGCGAAAGCUGCUGCCCGGCAUUCAGAAGAGCAGCUUUCCGGUCGUGAUACCGCUGUGUCUCCUCUUCGCACUCGACUCCUUUGCUUCCAGUCUUACACCACAAUCCUGGAUUGCCUUCUUCUUCCGGUGGAAGUUUGACAUGGACAACGGCCUUCUCGGAUCCACGUUCUUCGUAUGCAGCUUCCUAGCUGUGGUAACCACAUUGGUCGCAUCAUCUCUGGCGAAGCGUAUCGGUAACCUCAACACGAUGGUGUUCACCCAUCUGCCCUCCGCAGUCUUCACUGCCCUCCUACCUUUUCCGCAAUCCGUCAACGCUGCGAUAGUUUUCUUGAUUCUGCGGGCUUUGACCCAGUCCAUGGAUGUGGCACCCAGGGCGGCCUUCGUAGCAGGAAUUCUGAAACCCAAGGAACGAACUACAGUGAUGGGACUUGUCAAUGUCCUCAAGACGGCUGCGCAGAGUGUAGGUCCCCUGGGUGUCGGAGUGCUGGUGGACCGCAACCUCUUCUGGGUGGCCUUCGUGAGUGCCGGAUGCCUUAAGGUUGUCUACGACCUGGGCCUGAUGGUUUGCUUCCGGAAGAGCGAGAGACGGGAGGAGGACGGCCCGAUUGCUUAG